CAGUCACUCGCGGACAUUAGCGCUCCGUUUUGCCGCCGCUCCGCCCGCCAAUCCGACACGCCAGCCAAGCGCCACCGCCGCGACUUUACAACAGUCCCCCCGAACUCGAAAUGCGUGUAAGACCGACAGACGACGACGGCUGUGGCGGCGUGACGAGCGCGUGAUCUUCAAUAAUAUUGUUCGUCGUCGACGACGAAAAACGUAUCGCGAUUUUCGUUGAAAAAAAAAUAUAGAAAAAAAUAGGAAAAUAAUAAAUCGUGUGCACCGCGCAACACACUCUCUAACCCCGUUCGGCCAAAGCAGACAGUCGCCAACAUACGUUCCGCGAUGUCGUUUCGUCUCGGGUCGCGUUAACCACGACCACGUUUAUAAUUCUAUCGUAUACCAAUACGAUUAUUUGUUACUAUUGUUUUUCGCCGGUUUCGAUUUCGGUUUAGAUAUUUUUCGUAUUCCCGACGAUUUCUCCAAAACUCUCGACUUCACUGUCCGGCGACGACAACGAUUCGUGCUGUUGAAAACCAAAUACGUUGAUGUCAAACAUUCAAUGUGGUCUUAUGAUGUGUCCUUAUGAACGGAGAAUACGCUCAGCCACAGCACAUUUCAGAUUCCAUCUACCUAGGUGCUGCCAUCGUACUGAGUAUUAUCGGAAUAGUUGGAUUUCUCUUCAACACCUGCGUCAUUUUCAUUAUGAUUAGGGAUCCGCGGCUAUGGACCCCUCAAAACGUGAUAAUAUUCAACUUAGCGACAUCCGACUUAGCCGUAUCUGUACUGGGAAACCCAGUUACCUUGGCCGCUGCUAUCACCAAAGGCUGGAUUUUCGGUCAAACCAUAUGUGUUAUCUAUGGGUUUUUUAUGGCAUUAUUUGGAAUAGCGUCAAUUACGACCUUGACAGUGUUGGCAUACGAUCGGUAUUUAAUGAUACGGUAUCCGUUCAGCAGCACCAGAUUGACCAAGGAAACUGCAAUAUACGCAAUAGCUGGAAUAUGGAUAUAUGCGUUUGCUGUAACAGGACCUCCGUUGUUCGGGUGGAAUCGUUACGUCAACGAAUCUGCAAACAUCAGUUGUUCAAUCGACUGGGAGAGUGGUGAGCAUAGCAAUUAUGUUAUAUACAUAUUUGUUUUUGGACUAUUUCUACCAGUUACAGUGAUUAUCUAUUCGUAUGUGAGCCUCGUCGUUACAGUAAGAAAGAGAGCUGCUGAAAAAAUCAUCGGACAAGCGACCAAAGCAGAAUGCAGGGUAGCCAUUAUGGUGGCCGUGAUGAUAUUGGCGUUUUUAACUGCGUGGAUGCCGUACUCAGUGCUAGCUCUGAUGAUUGCAUUUGGCGGCGUUCAUAUCAGUCCGGUCGUCAGCAUAAUACCGGCUUUGUGCGCCAAGUCGAGCAUAUGCUGGAAUCCAAUUAUAUACAUUGGACUCAAUACGCAGUUCCGGUCAGCGUGGAAGCGGUUCCUAAACAUCCCGGGCCCGUUGUCGGAAGUCUCACUGGACGCCGACAUCACCACGGGCAUGACCAAGCUGAUGACUGGUCACCAAGAGCUGCCGUCCCACCCCAUGAACAACGGCGGCGCCAACCAUCCACCCGGUCUGAUAAUGUGCUGCUUGGCACACGACGAACACCGACGGUCCGCGACGUACGCCGACCAGUACCAGUGCAAUCUCGAAAUGAAGUCGUGUAACCCGCAAACCCUAGGCAAACGACCCGAAACGGAUAUCGGCGACGUUUCUUUGUGAACAUAAAAAUAGUAUAAUAUAUCAAAAUACCACGAAAACCGUCGAAACGAAAAAAAAGUCACAUUCUAUAAGUUGGCUUUGAAUUGGUAAUAAUAUUAUUUUCUUUUUGGACAUUGUUGAUGCCUGUAGUUAAUUCCAAUAUACGAACAAAAAUUCAAUUUAAAAACGGAACAAUACAUUAUUAUUACAUCGUA